AUGCCCCACGCGACGGAAAAUGACGAUCUUUCCACGGGUAUUUGGGACUUUGAACUCGGUUUUUCGUGUGCCACUUUUCACAUCCAUACUCUUCCUUACCGUUGCUUCUACAAAAUGGGAAAACCGGAUUUCGCUAACCGUACAAAGAGUGCUGAGUCAGUUACCAAUCCUCCACCAUAUUCUUUGAUCUCCGAAAACAUCAAUGAGCCGCCGACCUAUUGGCCACCGGAAAGCUCUCACACAUUGUCCUAUGAUAGAUGCAUUGGAUCUGAGGGGCCAGUGGCUAUUGAUGAUUGCAUCACCCAUCUCAAGUUUCUAUCUGCGGCCGCCAAGCUACGCAAGUUUAUUACAGAAUCAGACAACCUAUUCGGGAUCCACGAUAGUGAAGCCAAGAAUUUUUCAGACCCCCGCAAACGUACCCAGGCAGCUGUUCGCAUCCAGGAGAAAAGAUGGGCUGUCUAUGUGACUAGAGCUGUCGACCGAUUCGCUGCUUGGUGGAAGAACUGCCUCCCGAGCUCCAACAAAAGACGAAUGUCAAUGGUGAAUGAUUCAUCAGAAGCGAAAAUAGUAUGGACUGCUGAUACUAUACCACCACUUGAUGUCAUCAUGGUCUGGCAUGCAUACAUGCUUAACCCACGUGCCUUUCUCGAAGACUGUUUGCGUCAAUCCAAAAUGAGUGUUUGGGCUACCGGUUUCCCAUGGGAUGUGAUCAACACAUCGAUCAACAAGGACACACUUGAAUUCCAUCCUGGCAGCGCAGCGCAGUUGAACUUCGAGACAAAUACUGGCCAAUGCUGGGAAAAUAUCCACGAUAGACCUACAAAGUCUCUUACUUGCUUUGGAUGUAAGCAGGAUAUUUCUGCUCAAUGGACAAGUGGUUCGAUCGGAUGCGAUCCAGAUGUCGCUUUUGCACACUGCGUUGGAUACGCAGACAAGUCUUUGAGGGUUUCAUGUCCACAGUGCAAAUCAAGUAUUACCCAUGAUUCCCUUUGUGUGCAAAAGCUUCACAAUGAUGUGCAGAGGCUACUCAAAGAUGAUGUGCCUAUGCCUGGUACGCUUUUAUCGGAGAAUGGCACUCCCACAGACGACAAAAAUGGUGACAAGUCCUUCCCAAAUCGGCUUAUCAAGGAAGGGAUCAGAAGCGAGCUAUUGCAACUCACAGAUCUCACCGAAAAUGAGAGUACAACUGUUGAAACUAUCCGCGAUCGUCUUGAGGUCUUUCUGAAAGACCGUUCAUUGAUACGCCGCGUGAACAAAAAAGCGUUGUCUUCUGGGGACCCGAGCCUGGAAGAGAAGAUGUCGCUUCGCAAUAUGCUCUCCAGAUACUGGGACAACUCAUCUCCUUUCGCCAUCAACUUGAUUGGAGCAGUGAUCCGACAAGGAACAUUUGUGGGAAAGAUGGACGACAUAGACUGGCUGCAUUCGCCGACAUUGGGAUCAAACAUGACUGGUUUUAUUAGCAAAUAUGAAACUUUCUUCCAGAUAAUGGCCCGGAAUAAAGGACAUGCCGUUGUUCCAACUUUGGAUGUUGACUUGAUCUGGCACACGCACCAGCUUUCUCCCGCUCGCUAUUACGACUUCUCAACUACGCAGACAGAAGGCAUGUUCGUCAACCAUGACGACAAAGUUGACGAAGGAAAGCUCACCGAUGCAUUUGCCUGGACUUCAAGACAGUACCAAAAACUCACACGCGGCAAGGUGUACAGCGAAUGCACCUGCUGGUACUGUGAGGCAGUGCGUGAAACUCACAAUGAGGGACUUGGUCGUUUGAUAUCACAAUCAGCCUCUCAGGCCAAGGCCAAUGCUGCAAUUCUCCAUGGACGCAUCGACAAUACCCUUGAUGGGGGUCAGAGUCAAGGGCCACACAUCUCUUCACAUAGUGCAGUUCGCAUCCAAGCGCAGACUGACCCCAAGUCAAUACAAACCAAAACUGCACAGCUUAGGUCCCACUGGGAGAAAGCGCAACGACGAUCAUACAAUCGCACUGCCUCCACAGGGAGCGAUAAUACCCACCGCAAUCCCUCGCGAGACCCUUUCCAAGACCCCUACAUGCGCGAUCCCGAAAUCCACCGCGAGGCAUACCCCUGCAAUCCAGCCUGUAUGAACGCAACGCCUGGGGCGCCAGGAAAUUGUAUUAGCGGAACACAGGGUCUUGGUCUCGAGCAAGGUGGGUGCGUGAGUGUCACCGUGGCUGCUCAGACAAGAUCGAAAGGCAAAAGCUUCUGUGCUGGCAUGGCAGGCUGUGGAAUGAACAUGUAG